AAAGUGCAAGGAUUUCCCCAAAGUAGACUAGGGAAUUUGACAAGUUUGUCAUUUCUAUUUAUGAAAUAACAACCACGAAAGUAGUUUUAAAAACGUGUUGAUAUAAUACCUGUAAUUGUCUUAAUCGGACAGAUACAAAGCAUUUCUUCAACGAUUGAAAAAGAGAAAGAGACAAAGUGAAAAAUUGUUUACAUUUUGUACUUUUACUUUGUCCUCUUUAUGAAUGAGUGAUUUAGGAGACCAUACGUUUUUGUAACUAUAUAAUUUAUAAAGUCUGGAAGAAGUAGCUUAACUGAAGGUAAUACGAAUUCAGGUAAACUGUAAAUAGAGAGCAUGGGAAACUGCAAAGGUAAACUAUCAAAAGAAAGUAAAAACCAGAUGAGAGGGGAAGCUUAUACUAGACCCAGUAAACCAGAUACUCAAGAAAAAGAGACAAUACAUGUAGAGGGAAAACCAGUAAUUAAGAAUGACAAUAACAAGGAUGCAGUAGUAAUAAAUGCUAAAAUACCAUUUGUAAAUCCAGAAACCCCAACUAAAUCUGAGUCCGUAAUGCAAGGCCCAAAUACAAGUGUAUCUGAUACAAAUGGAUUGAAAGCAAGUGGUUCUACUGGGAAACAAGAUAAAAAACAACAUGAAUCUGAUGCUAUUCCACAAAAAUGUGUUGAAAAACAAAAUAAAGAUGUACUUUCUUCAGUUAAUAUUAAAAACAAUAUUGGAGAAGAGACAAAUUUGAAGGAGGCUCCACAAAUAGACAUUUCAUUGAACAAAGUUCCUGGAUCCAAGUCAGAUGAUGCAGAAGAUGAUCAUUCUUAUUUAUUUGCUGCUGGAAGAAAGGACGAAGAACCACAAAUUGAAAUCUCAGAAUUUAUUGACAAAAAAACUGGUAAAAGUGAUGAUUCAGCACAUAAAGAUGUAGUGAUCAGUACAAAUGAAGCUGGUCCAACAGACAAAGCAACCAAUGAUUCAUCAACCACAGAAACAAACUCAAUAAAGAAGGUUGACGAUUUACAAACAGACGACACUGGUGGAAAUGAUUCAGAAUCUGUGAAUGGAGGUAGUGACCAAACAAAAGGAAUUGAAAAUAAUCCAAACAGCAAACCCUCUGAUAAGUCUCAGCCUGACAAUGGUCCAUCAGAUAACCAACAGAGCUGCAAACCCUCUGAUAAGUCUCAGCCUGAGAAUGGUCCAUCUGAAAACCAACAGAACAGCAAACCCUCUGAUAAGCCUCAGUCUGAGAAUGGUCCAUCAGAUAACCAACAGAGCAGCAAACCCUCUGAUAAGUCACAGCCUGAGAAUGCUGCAUCUGAUAACCAACAGAAUAAUAAAGAUCCUACAGGCUAUGAAGGGUCUAAAUUUUCAAAGCCUGGUGAUGAGCAGGACAGAGAAAUUUCAGAAGAAAUGAAAAAUGGAAAAUUAAAUGAAAAGAAAAAGAAAAAGAAAAAAAAGAGAGACAAAUAUGAUGGGCCACCUGCAAAUACUGUUAUUCAUCACUAUUAUGGACAUGCAGAAACUGUAAACAUAGGAAAUGAUAAUAUCAAUUACUAUAAUGGUGGAAAAGAAGAACCAAAGAUAGAAGAAGAUGAAAUCCAACCAAAUUAUACUAUAAGUGCUCUUAAGAUGGAAAUCCUCCUUGCAGUGUCAAAAUCAGUGGGAAUUUUUCAUGGACCCAAGGUAAAUGGGACAUGUUGGAGAGUAGGUGAAGACAAAAUCAUUACGGCAGCCCAUGUUGUUAAUGAUAAUAUAUGGAACAAAACGCUUAGAACAGAGUAUGAACAAAGCCUAGAUAAAUGUUGUGUGGAUUUUAAUUACGUUGACAAGAAUAAAAGAUCAAGUAAAGAUUCAGAUUUAAAUGUUUUCAAACUAGAACCACAAGUGAUGUAUAAGAAUGAAGUUUUAGAUGUAGCAGUUCUUAAACUAAAACGAGAAAAGAAUAAAAACUUUCCACCUCCUUUAGAUUUGUUUGAAAGUCUGGAUCCCGAAAAGGAUGAUGAUAAAGUGAUUUAUUUAAUUGGCCACAAUAAAAGUGAUGAAAAAACCUUUAAUUUCGGAAUUGGUCUUUGGACUCCUACAGAAACAAAAAUGAAAGGCAUGGAGAAGUUUUGUGAGGAGUAUGGAAAACCAAAUGGAUAUAUAGGGUUGGACCGAAAAGAUAGAUUAGUAAUUAAGUGUGAAUUUGUCAGUGGUGCAUCAGGGUGCCCUGGUGUUGUUAUUUAUAAAGACAAAGCUUAUGUUGUGCUUGUUUAUAUUCGAGGAUUUCCAGAUUUUUAUUUUAGUCAACAAUUCCCGGAAAGAAAGAGAGAAGAAUUCCCAAAGGAAAGAUUACUCCAACAAGGAGUUAACAUAGGAUCUGUUUUUAAAACUAUGACUGAAAAUGCAGUGCAUUUAGGUCUGAGAAAUGAAAUUUUUCCAAUUGAGGCUAAUCUAGAACAACAGGCAAGUGGUCAAAACCUGUAUGCAAUUGGAGGUGCAAGUUCAUUUCAAAAUGAAAAGAAUUCAAAGGGACAGGAAACAGAAAAUAAAAAUGGAAAAGGGACUACUUGCACAGAGGGACAUUCUGAAACAGCAAUACCAGAUUCUGCCAAAUAUAAUAGACAACCAUCGUAUGCUCUUGCAAUUGACGACAGAGUAGACAUAGCUUUUCCUCUUAUAAAAUCUCCUGUAGAUGACACUGACAUAACUUUACAACACAGUCAUAGUCAGAAUAUCACAGUUCCUAGAAAUGAACAAAAUGUUCAACAAGAAUCAAUCUUGGAUGUCAAUAAAGAUAGUCAGUCACAAAUGGAAAAUGCUUCUUCAGAGAUUCUUGAUAUGGUUCCAGGAGAGAAAAUAGUGCCUUAUUCAAACCCUGGGAAAACACAACCAGUCAAAGAUAUAACUAUUGAAGAAUGGAUUGGAAAUGACAUGCAGGCAUACAAAGAAAAACAAUUGAAAGAAUUAGACCUUUCAAUGCUCAGUAAAGCUAUAAAUAUUGCAAAGGCAAAUAGUGUUGCAUUACAACUUGGAUUAAGUCAAUCUGAUUUUGAAAUAAUAAAGCAUGACGCUCAAACAGACUUAUGUUACCGUAUUUUGUAUAAAUGGAGAAACAAGACUGGAAGUUCAGCAACUCUUGAAAGACUCAUUGGAAUCCUGUUCUGUGCCUGGGAAUGUGAUAAUGAGAGUGUGUUUACUGAUCAAUUAAAGUCUGCAAUUAUAAAAGUAAUAAAAUGAUACCGAAAAGUUUAAUGUGCCUUUCUAGGGGAUACAGGAAUGGUGAUGUCAUUCCAUCUGUCAUUGUAAGCCAGCUCACAUACACAUUUCUCAUCAAAUUGUAAUGAUUUGUGUCAAAGGUUUCUCUUUAGCAAUAUCUGAGAAGACUUUAAACAGUGAUUAAUUAUAUUUUGAGGAAUUUGAGCCACUUAGAAGUAUAUUAAGGUGAAAAUUCCAGUACAUGAACUUAUUGUAUGAAAUUAUGUUUCUAUUUUUUUAAUGUUUUAUUGAAUAUUUAAUAAUAAACAAAUGCACUUUGUAACUUAUUGAUAAAACAUUUACAAUAAUAAAAAUUCAGAAAUCUUUUAUUUUCAAGUAGGAAUUGAAGUAUGUCAUUUAUAAAAUGUAAGGAGAGAGAAAAGUCAGUUCAUAAUAUUAAUAUUUAUUCUUUAUUUAAGGGACAUCAUAGACAUGUUAACCACAUAUAAUAUCAAAGAAAAGAUAACCCCAGAUAAUACAUAUAUUAACUUACAAACAAAUAUUGUGCAUUUAAUGAAUGGCAAUUAUUUAUUUUGAUUUUAUUGAACCAUAAA